CAGAGAAGCCGCAGGAGUUUUUCAGGCACUUCGGUAAAUAUUAAUUAAGGCAAUUCAUAGUCCGUUCCAGAUAGCAAUGCUCAGAGGCUCUGGAGACCCCCCGGCAGAAGGCUGCUUACAGUGACUGCCAUGCUUAAUGCCGCAAAACCUUGAUGGAGAAAGGGAAAAGGACAAGGUGCCGCUUCUCUAUGGGACAGCGUCAGCUUUUGAGUUGCACAAAAUGCACUUUUCAAGAUAUUCUUAAUGGCCUCACAUUUUCUGUGUGAGCUGCUGUUGCGAUGAGAGCAAAGACUCAUGCAGAAGCACGUGUGCAGAGGAGGACUGCAGGUUCCAUGUGCUAGUGACUGCCUGCCAUGCUGGCCUGCUUGCCGGGACCAGGCGACCUCCCCUUCCAGCUGCUUUCUUACCCGCAGAUGAACGCUGGGCUUCAGAAAUGGGACACUACACAGAAAAUGAGAUCCGCACAGCACCCUACUCCAGCAGAGUUGGACGCGUAUGCUAAGAAGGUGGCCAACCAUCCUCUGACUAUCAAAAUUUUCCCCAACAGCGUCAAGGUCCCUCAGCGGAAACACAUUCGCCGUACUGUGAACGGGCUGGAUACUUCGGGGCAGAGGUAUAGCCCCUACCCGCCAUCGCAGGCCGCUGUGAAAACAGGCCUUCUGGCCAUCGUCCGGUCUCCACCGGCGAAAGGGAUCGUCAAGGACUUUGACGGGACUCGGACACGCCUGCUGCCGGAAGCCAUGAUGAACCCCCCUUCUACCCCCUACGCGGCACCCAGCACUUUAAGCCACUCGCAGGCGCUGGCUCGCCAGCAGGCUCUGCAGCACGCCCAGAGCAUGGCGCAGCACCCUCAGGGGAUCCCCACAGCCAUGCCGCAGCACCCACAGACCAUGGCCCACCCAAGCCUGCAGCCACAGCAGCAGCACCCCCCGGCGGCGGGCUUGCACGGGGGCAGGAAGAUUGCGGACGCCGACGCCCCCCCAAAUGUGACUGUGUCUACCUCAACCAUCCCUCUCUCCAUGGCUGCGACGCUGCAGCAGAACCAGCCCCCGGACCUGAGCAGCAUUGUCCACCAGAUCAACCAGUUUUGCCAGGCCCGCGCGGGUGUCAGCGCUACCUCAGUGUGCGAGGGACAGAUCGCCAACCCCAGCCCCAUCAGCCGCAACCUCCUGAUCAGCGCGAGCACCAGGGUAUCCGCUCACAACGCCCCCACACCCCUGCCUUCCUGUGUGGUGAACCCCGGCGACCACACCGCUCCCACUGUCCCGCCGUCGGCCAGCACCAUGGGCGUCCCACUGGGGAGCGUCAGCCGAGGCCUUUCCGCGUACCAAAGUGAAAUGAAGCAGGCGGCAGCCUGGAACCAGCACCAGCUCGCCCAUCUGCAGCAGAUGUGCGGCGAGGCUGUCGGCCCCUCCGGCCUGAUGGGGAAGCCCCCCGGGCGAGAGCUGCCGGGGCAGGGGUUCUCUGGCAAAGCCUCCGGCUACGCCUUGGAACUGUGCAUGGGCCAGCCGUUCAAUGUGAAGCCCCCCCUGGAGAAGCCCACUCCCUCGCCGCCAGUCAACGGCUUGCCGGGGCCCGCCCCCUACUCCAACGGGCACUAUUUCCAGCCCCUGUGGAAUAACAUUCUGCCCACUCCCAACAGCGACAGCUCUGGCUCCCAGGACCUGGCGCUGCCUUUCCAUGGUGGCGGGGCUGCCCUCGAGUGCGCAGCCGGACCUCACUACAGAGCUGGGGCCGGUGCCCCUGGCCACAGCGGCAUGAUGCAGACGAUGGAUUACCUAAGCGGGGACUUCCAGCACUCCUGCCUCCGAGAGCAGGGCGGGGUGGGGCUGAGUAAAGCCCCCCGCCCCGCCAUGAACCGAGCCCCCGAGCCCCCGGAUAGUCGAAGCCUUCAUAUUCAGCACCCAGGGUAUAGAUGAGGCAGACGUCACUUUUCACUGAGAAAGCGGUUGUAGGGUUAGUCUUAAUUUGAAUUAAUAAGCAAGGUGUGUGGCUGUUUUUUUUCCUUUGGGUUUAUUAUUUUGCUUUUAACUUGCAAACUUCUGUGGUCGUUUUUGUGAGCUGCUGCAGAUAUGUUAAAACAUUUCCAUGUGGUUAAGCCACAACCACACCACACCCCGUGUCCUGCCUCUGUGCCAACAGCGCCCUCUACUUUGCAGGAUGGAAAUUUUGCUUUUCCUUAUUUAUUUAUUUUGCAGGGCUUAAUUCAAGUGGCAUAACAACCUAAAUUUCUUCCUCUGGCUGCAGAAUCAUAGAAUAGCAGAGUUGGAAGGGGCCUAUAAGGCCAUCGAGUCCAACCCCCUGCUCAAUGCAGGAAUCCAAAUCAAAGCGUCCCCAACGAGUGGCUAUCUAGCUGCCUCUUGAAGGCCUCCAGUGUCGGAGAGCCCACUACCUCUCUAGGUAAUUGGUUCCAUUGUCGUAUGGCUCGUAACAGUUAAGAAGUUUUUUCUGAUGUUCACCCAAAAUCUGGCUUCCUGCAACUUGAGCCCACUCUGGGAUGACUUAGAAGAGAUCCCUGCCCUCCUCUGUGUGGCAACCUUUCAAGUACUUGAAGAGCGCUAUCCUAUCUCCCCUCGGUCUUCUCUACUCCAGGCUAAACACGAUCAGUUCUUUCAGUCUCUCCUCACAGGGCUUUGUUUCCAGUCCCCGAUCAUCCUUGUUGCUCUCCUCUAAACCUGUUCCAGUUUGUCUGCAUCCUUAAAGUGCGGUGUCCAGAACUGGACGCAGUACUCAAAUGAGGCCUAACCAGUGCUGAAAAGAGCGGAACUAGAGGGAGAUGAGUUUUUUGUUUUUGGGAAGCAGAAGAGUAACCUUCUGACCUCUGUCCUAUGAAAGUUGCCUGAGUCCCUGUUGCUUGCGGCGGGGUGUGGGUGUGGGUCCAGGUUCCCUGGCAUUUAGUUCCAGGAACCCCCACCUUGUUGAUAUGGCCAGAGGAGGGCUGGUUGUUGCAGCUCUGGGAGGGAGACAAUGUCAGGAGAAUACCCUGCAGCCACUUUCCGCUUGAGGGUCUUGCUGCCCAUGGUGUGGCAACCGGGAGCGCAGGAGAACCCUAACAGCAGGCCGUGGGGCUUGCAGACGCAGUCCCUUGCCCUGCGAGAGAAAUGAGUCCCUCUCCCUCCCACCCUGUCUCCCAGGUCGCAUUUGCAGUUUACUUUGUUGGUCAGACUGCAGAGCUUUGGCCCGCGUGAGACUUUUAUUCCAGAUUGUGCAGAAGGUUCUAGGGGAUGUUCCUCAGGGAAGGAGGGCUGCGAGUUGGCUCUUUUAGGAAAGGUUUUGUGCCAUUGGGGACUAGCCCUGCAAGAAACGUGCACGCAGUUCCCCAAGACCUGUUCGUUCCCCAAUCAGGCCUGUGCCAGUUAAGGAUGCUGUUCCAGUUUUUGUGUGUGUGCAUCCAGAACCACUCACACACUCAUCUCCCCCCCCCCCAAAAAAACACAUACGGUGAUCACCAUCAAGUUUGCAAUUUAAAGAAAAUAAUAACAAUAAUAAUUAACAGCUGCCUUUUUUGAUAUUUCUCUGUACACUGGCUAAAGCGAUUGCUGUACACUGUAAACUCGGACGUGUAAUAUUUCUGUGUGAAUGUUACCUGGUAGCGUGGUGGGUCUCAGUAGCACUGUGGGGGUGAACCCGCUGCCCCCUCUCUCUCCCCGCUUCCCUUCCCACAGCCCGGUGGGGAGAACAAGGACAAGAAAUGAACGAAGCCUUAAGCCGUUGCUCCUUCAAGUCUCCCUAACGAGCAGGGGGCAAACUCUAAAGCGAUCAGACCAGAAACGUCUUCUUUUUUAAAGAACCUUUUUUAAAUGGCAAAAUCUACCAAUGUUAAAGUGACGUCGUAGUUGGCUAGAGGGUUUUUCAUAAGUUGGGGAACUUAGAAACCAUUUUUAAGCUGCAUAUCUUAUGAUUUAGGUGUCUCGUUCUGGGCUGUCACCGUCUUGAGCUUUGCCGUCAACCUCCUUCAGACUCUCUGUCUCCCCCCCCCCCACGCACACGCAGGGCCCUCAGCACCACCUUGGUUAUUUUAAAAUCCCUCCAGAAGGGUGUUAGAAGAGUGAUGGGGCGUCUUUUUCAGCACUGUCUCCUUAGGGCAAAAUGAAGUGAUCUAAACAUCGUCUUUUAAGCGCCGGCUUUUGUUGCCUUAAACAGGAUGCCUGAUCUCUUACGCCAAAUUCUAGCGCCACAGAAAUCCCAAUUUAUUGUUCAUUGUUUAACCUUUUGGGGAGAGGGAGAAGGGGGAGGAAUAUGGGUCUGCUCGGUCCCCUGUCCCCCCCUCCCAACGAUGGAUUUUCCUGCCAUUCCUAUCCCAAGCAACAUGGCGAAAACCACCUCCUCCUUUUAUCCCCAGCCGUGCCUGGGCUGUAACCUCUAGAAACGCUCAUUUUUUAUUUCUUUUAAUAAGGUUCCUGUGAUUUGUUCUGGUAUCUGGACACGUUUUCACUCAGAAAUAAAGCAUUUCCUGUCCUCUGCCACCCGCCACAAAUACCAAGCUAGACUGUUAAACUGAGGCUCCCUUUUGCUCCCACUUUUGAUCCCAGAGCAAGCUGUAGAGCUAGCACUCUCCCCCCCCCAUAUCGUUCUUGUUGACGUCAUUUUUCUGGAGAAGAAUAAUCUCUGGAACUUGUCCUGAGCUUAGUUUUGUUUUUAUUUUAUUUUUUAACUCGCAAAUCGGGCGUCCAGCAGAGCGCGCUCACACACAUGCACACCCGUCCCGCCGUGGUCCCUUUUCCUCUGAUGUGGUGACCAGGGGGCUACCCUAGCUGAGCUUUCUGGUGUUUCCUUCCUUGCCAAGUGCACGCACUCCCAUCCGUGCAGGGCUGCGGGUGGGAUGAAAGGGGCUGCUCCCUCCUGCUCUGGUUCUGUCUUCUCUGUCCCCCUCCCCAUUUAAAAAAACCCACCCUGCCACCACAAGCAAACUAGUUAUAAGCAGCCCUUCUGGGACUCCCUUAGCAGGGGAGCGGGAGCCUUUCCUUUGACAUGGGCCGUUGACCACUCUGUUCUUGCUUGUGGCCAUGGUGGGGGCCAUAUUUUUCACACUGGGGAUGAGAGGGUGCCCCCUCCUGCUUUUGCUUUCAGCCCCAACCCUGGCUGCCACCUGCUCUGUUUUCCUUGGGCUGCUGCCUAGCUGGAGGGGGCAGCGCUCCUGAGAGUGGUGGGUGCUGAGAGGUCUGUUGGAGCAGCCUAGGAAGCCCCCCUGCCUCGUUUUAGCAUGGACUUUGUUUCAAUAACUUCCAGACAACCCCCCCUCCUCUCUUCAGCCCCCUCCCCAGUCCAGUCAAGGGGCAUUUUGCUCCAAAUAAGGGAAGGGCCCUGAAGGUAUUUCAGAGGAGAGAGAUGCUGGUCUCUCCACAGGUUGCCCGGGGGGGGCAUUUAGGAAGGUCUGGAGGGAGUGGCCCUGACUCAGAAGUGUAAGCAGUGGCCUUUUGUGCAGAUGCCCCUGGAUGUCCACAGCCACCCCCUCCCUCUCAUAGGAAUGGGCAAGAGCUGCUGCACGUGGAGGGGAGGCGAAAGGGGGCUCUUCAACUGCUGCUGUAUCUCCCUUCAAAACACUUCACUGGUUAUAAUUAUUGUUGUCCUUAAUAUAAGCUGCUGCUCAUGUGCUACGGGUAUCCAAACUAGAAUUUUCUUUCUCUCUCUCUUUUGUUUUGGUCUGCAGGAACAAAAAAUAAAAAGUGAAGCCAAAAAACUCCCCUUUAAA